AUGGAUUUUUUAAAUGAAAAUGAUAUCAAAACAAUAUUAAGGAAUAACGGAUAUCCUGAAGUGAGUAAUAUGAAUUGGUUGAUUACGGAUUAUUCCAACAAUCUGGUGGGAUACCUCGGGGAACAUCUAAGUCUCAAAAUCAGCUUCGAGUUGAAUGGUGCAUUGAAGAAUAUAAAAUAUUUCGUGAAAUGCUUACCAAGAUUUGAAAAAUGGAAGGCAGAUUUUUUGAAGGAUUUGAUAUUCUUCGACAAAGAAUAUGUGAUGUUGGGUGAUCUGUUUAAAAAAUUCCCGGAGCACGAUGGAUCGCGAAGAUAUCGACCUAAAGCCCUACUACUUAAAAAGGAUUUAUUUGUUUUUGAAGAUGUUACGGAAUUGGGAUAUAAAAUGCCAUGUCAAAGGGAAAAUCUAACAUGGCCCGAAUUAAAAGCAACUAUUUCUGCUAUGGCGAGAUUUCAUUCCCAGUCUUAUAUUUUUGAGGAACGUAAAAGCAAAUCAUUGGGAAGGUCAUAUCACAUAUGGGAAGACUAUAGCGAAUAUUUAGAAGAACCAGCUCAAGGUCAAUCAUGGCGAGACACAGGAAUGAAAGCCAUUAUCGAUGUCCUAAAAGUUUUUUCAAAGUAUAGGACAAAAGAUAAUUUCACAUCAAUUGUGGAUAAAAGAAUUCCUGAACUUUUUCGUCUCGCUGAAGAACAAAUCAAGCCUAGCACAAGACGUAGAAACGUUGUAGUACAUCGCGAUGUUUGGUCUAACAAUAUAUUUUUAAAACAACAUAAUGAUGGAAAUAUUCAUGCUCUUAUAGUUGACUUCCAGACUGUAGUUUAUGCUGAUCCGAUGAUAGAUCUCGCUUCCAUGAUAUGUUUUAACACCAAACAAUCAUUUAGAGAAGAAUUUAUAGAUGAAAUAAUUAAUAUUUAUCACGAUUCACUCAUUAGAGAACUCAUUGUGGAAGGGAUCGAUGUAGGAUUGGUUCCUGAUAAAAAAAAUCUUAGGGAGCAUUAUAAUGAAAGCAUGUUAUUUGGUUUGACCCAAGCUGCUAUCAUAAUUCCUAUAGUUACAUUUGACGAAGAUGUAAAGAAAAAUAUUUUUUCAGAUGCUGAUAAAAGUUAUCGCUUCAAUAUUGUAAGUAGAAGUCAAGAAUUUAUAGACUUCGCUAAAGUAGACGAAACAUAUCGAGUAAGGAUUUGUGAAAUUUUUGAUGAAUUACUUGAAAGAUUUGUGUUUAAUUGA